GGGCACCCCUUGUGCCUCUUCUCCCGGGCUGCGGGGGAGCCCCGCCGAGACCAUGAGGAAAUUCAACAUCAGGAAGGUGCUGGACGGCCUGACCGCCGGCUCGUCCUCGGCCUCGCAGCAGCAGCCGCAGCAACAGCAUCCGCCCGGGAACCGGGAGCCUGAGAUCCAGGAAACACUCCAGUCCGAGCACUUUCAGCUCUGCAAGACUGUUCGCCAUGGAUUUCCCUAUCAACCCUCAGCCCUGGCCUUUGAUCCUGUACAGAAGAUCCUAGCAGUGGGAACUCAGACUGGUGCUUUACGGCUUUUUGGUCGUCCAGGAGUAGAAUGUUAUUGCCAGCAUGACAGUGGAGCUGCAGUAAUCCAACUCCAGUUCCUGAUUAAUGAGGGAGCUCUUGUGAGUGCCUUGGCUGAUGACACCUUACACUUAUGGAAUUUACGUCAAAAGAGGCCUGCUAUACUACAUUCACUUAAAUUUUGCAGAGAAAGGGUUACAUUUUGCCAUCUGCCUUUCCAGAGUAAGUGGCUCUAUGUGGGCACUGAACGAGGUAAUAUACAUAUUGUCAAUGUGGAGUCCUUCACACUCUCAGGCUACGUCAUUAUGUGGAAUAAAGCCAUUGAACUGUCAUCUAAAUCUCACCCAGGACCUGUUGUCCAUAUUAGUGAUAAUCCAAUGGACGAGGGAAAGCUAUUAAUUGGCUUUGAAUCUGGAACAGUAGUUUUAUGGGACCUCAAAUCAAAGAAAGCCGACUACAGAUACACAUAUGAUGAGGCUAUUCACUCUGUAGCUUGGCAUCAUGAAGGAAAACAAUUUAUUUGCAGUCAUUCAGAUGGCACCUUGACUAUAUGGAAUGUGAGGUCCCCUGCUAAGCCUGUACAGACAAUCACUCCACAUGGAAAACAGUUAAAGGAUGGGAAGAAGCCAGAACCAUGCAAACCUAUCCUCAAGGUGGAAUUCAAAACGACUAGAUCUGGGGAACCUUUUAUUAUCUUAUCAGGAGGUUUAUCAUAUGAUACUGUAGGAAGAAGACCUUGCUUAACAGUGAUGCAUGGGAAAAGUACUGCUGUGCUAGAAAUGGACUAUUCAAUUGUUGAUUUUCUAACAUUAUGUGAAACGCCAUACCCAAAUGAUUUUCAAGAACCAUAUGCUGUGGUUGUUCUUCUAGAGAAGGAUUUAGUACUUAUAGACCUUGCACAAAAUGGAUAUCCUAUAUUUGAAAAUCCCUACCCUUUGAGUAUACAUGAGUCCCCUGUUACGUGUUGUGAAUAUUUUGCUGAUUGUCCUGUGGACCUUAUUCCUGCACUUUAUUCUGUUGGAGCUAGACAGAAACGUCAAGGUUACAGCAAAAAGGAAUGGCCCAUCAAUGGAGGCAAUUGGGGUUUGGGUGCUCAAAGUUACCCAGAAAUAAUUAUUACUGGACAUGCUGAUGGGUCAGUUAAAUUCUGGGAUGCUUCUGCAAUAACUCUACAAGUAUUAUAUAAGCUAAAGACAUCUAAAGUAUUUGAAAAGUCAAGAAAUAAAGAUGACAGGCCAAACACAGAUAUUGUAGAUGAAGAUCCAUUUGCCAUUCAGAUCAUCUCCUGGUGUCCAGAAAGUAGAAUGCUGUGCAUAGCUGGAGUUUCAGCGCAUGUCAUUAUUUAUAGAUUCAGCAAACAGGAAGUAAUUACAGAAGUCAUUCCGAUGCUUGAAGUUCGAUUGUUAUAUGAGAUAAAUGACAUGGAAACUCCAGAGAGUGAGCAGCUGCCAUCUUUGCCAACACCCGUGGGAGGUUCCAAUCCUCAGCCCAUUCCUCCUCAGUCUCAUCCAUCUACUAGUAGCAGUUCAUCUGAUGGGCUUCGUGAUAAUGUACCUUGCUUAAAAGUUAAAAACUCACCACUUAAGCAGUCUCCAGGUUAUCAGACAGAACUAGUUAUUCAGUUGGUAUGGGUGGGUGGAGAACCACCACAACAAAUCACCAGCCUGGCGGUCAAUUCUUCCUAUGGAUUGGUGGUUUUUGGCAAUUGUAAUGGCAUUGCUAUGGUUGACUACCUCCAGAAAGCUGUGCUGCUUAACCUGGGCACUAUUGAAUUAUAUGGCUCUAAUGAUCCUUAUCGGCGAGAACCCCGAUCUCCUCGUAAAUCUCGACAACCUUCAGGAGCAGGUCUGUGCGAUAUUAGUGAAGGGACUGUAGUCCCAGAGGAUCGCUGCAAAUCUCCAACUUCUGCAAAGAUGUCAAGAAAGUUAAGUUUGCCUACUGACCUAAAGCCUGAUCUAGAUGUAAAGGAUAAUUCCUUCAGCCGAUCACGGAGUUCAAGUGUAACGAGCAUUGACAAAGAAUCCCGAGAAGCAAUCUCUGCUCUUCAUUUCUGUGAAACAUUUACUCGAAAGACAGAUUCAUCCCCUUCCCCUUGUCUAUGGGUUGGAACAACACUAGGAACAGUGCUUGUCAUUGCACUGAACCUUCCCCCAGGGGGAGAACAAAGACUUCUUCAGCCAGUAAUUGUUUCUCCAAGUGGUACUAUAUUGAGGUUAAAAGGUGCAAUCUUGAGAAUGGCAUUUCUGGAUACCACAGGCUGCUUAAUGCCACCUGCAUAUGAACCCUGGAGAGAACACAAUGUUCCUGAAGAAAAAGAUGAAAAAGAGAAAUUAAAGAAACGUCGACCUGUCUCCAUAUCUCCCUCUUCUUCUCAGGAAAUUAGUGAAAACCAGUAUGCAGUGAUAUGUUCUGAAAAGCAAGCAAAAGUAAUCUCACUGCCAACCCAGAACUGUGCAUAUAAGCAAAACAUUACAGAGACUUCAUUUGUGCUUCGUGGAGAUAUUGUAGCAUUGAGUAACAGUAUCUGCCUUGCUUGUUUCUGUGCCAAUGGACAUAUAAUGACUUUUAGUUUGCCAAGUUUAAGGCCUCUAUUAGAUGUGUAUUACUUGCCCCUUACCAAUAUGCGAAUAGCCAGAACGUUCUGCUUCACCAACAAUGGACAAGCAUUAUAUCUCGUUUCACCUACAGAAAUCCAGAGACUGACUUAUAGUCAAGAAACCUGUGAAAAUCUUCAGGAAAUGUUAGGUGAACUCUUCACUCCUGUAGAAACACCUGAAGCACCAAACAGAGGAUUCUUUAAAGGGUUAUUUGGAGGUGGUGCACAGUCGCUUGAUAGAGAAGAACUAUUUGGAGAAUCAUCCUCGGGAAAGGCCUCAAGGAGCCUUGCACAGCAUAUCCCUGGCCCUGGUGGCAUUGAAGGUGUGAAAGGAGCGGCAUCUGGAGUCGUUGGUGAAUUAGCACGAGCCAGGUUGGCACUAGAUGAAAGAGGACAAAAACUUAGUGACCUGGAAGAAAGAACUGCAGCUAUGUUAUCAAGUGCAGAUUCAUUUUCUAAACAUGCUCAUGAGAUGAUGUUGAAAUACAAAGAUAAGAAGUGGUACCAGUUCUGACUACCAGAAUCCAACAAGUCCAACUUCAGCCAGAAGGAAAAAGUUUUCCUUUUUUAUUACAUUGAUUUAUUUAGGAAAGCUAACAUUAAAGGGAUGUUCAUCACUGAAUAUUGUUCUUUCCUAGCACAAUCAUGCACUGUUUUACCUCAGUCAUGUGGCUUUAACUGAGGAGUGUUCACAUACACUCCAACCGAAGUACAUGGUGUGUGCCGGUUGUGAGCUGAUAAUUUGGGAACUAAGCAGGUUGCACAUGACAGAUGACAAAUCAAAGGGGGAUGUUGAAGAGACAUGACAGGGCCCUAAUCCCGGAUCAUUCCUGUAUUAAACUUCCAUAUGCCAAAAGAUUUCGUGCCGUUUUAUCUGCCAUCAGUGUUUGACCUGUUUGGGGGAGAGGCAAUAAGUCAGAAGUCCUGAAGCUGAAAUGGGUAUAUAUGUGUCAUGGGACUGGAUUAUAAACAGCUGUCUUGGACUUUCCCGCUCUUAAACUGACGGGUCAUCAGUAUCAUUAGUGAAAAAGAAACAAACUGUUAUCAUAUCUUUAGACAGAUAAGCUGAAUGGUGGACUUUAAAUAAUAAAAAACAUACACAUAGUUGAUUUGUGUAUGGGCUACUCUUGGAUUCUUGUUAUUAUAGACUUGUGUUUAGUUCAUAUUUUGUCAAAAGCAAAACAAGAAGAUACAUCACUUUUCAUUGAAAAGAAAAGUGUAGAGCAUGACUAAAUUGCUCAUCAUUCUGGGAGUUUCCAUGUAGUGGCUAUGCAGUGUGGAAAGUGAGAAAAACCUCCAUUGUGGUGAGGAGAAUACUUUAAUGUCCCUUGUCCUUGUUCUCAUUAAUUCAGCUAAAGGUGGAUUUGACCAAAGUAGUUACUGGUUAAAUUUGUAGAAUUGUUGAAAUUGGCUAAGUUUUUAAUUUUGCUUGGAUUUUUAUAAAAUGUUUAACCAAAUGUACCUUUGCAUUAUUUAAUUAAAAUUGCUAAAAAAAAAAAACAAACACACACACUUUCAUUAUUUCAGUAAAAUGCUCAGCUCCCUUUCUAAAAUGCCCUUUAUUUGCUAACUGUUCCAAUACACUCAGGUGAUGAGCCAAUUAAAUCUUAGUGCACAUGCUUUCGCAUGGAAAAUUACAAGCAUCUGUUGUCAAUAAUUAUCUAUAUAAGAGUCUAGUCUGAUGACCUACAAAAUAUUUUCUGUAGAAAUAUACUAUAAAUCUGUACAUAUCCUAUCAGGGUUUUAAAAGGCCAAAAAGAAAGGAAAAUACAUACACUUUGAUAACUAAAUUAUUUCUGUAUUGGAGUAUAAUGCAAAUAAGACCAGCAAUGGACAAUGAAUGAUUGUUUCAUAGAACAGCAUUACAGAGGGUUAAAAAAGAAAAAACUCAACUCAGAUCUGGAAGUAAACCUAAUGUGGGCCAAUCUGAGAUUAUUAUUGAUUGUUGUUAAAGCAACAAAGUAGGCGCAAAAUGGAAUCAUUAAAAUUAUUGUUAAUGAAAUUUAAAUAUGGUCUUCUAUUAAAAAAUGCUAAAUCAUUUUCUUUUUUCAUUACGAGAUUGAAUCAGAGCACAAAUUGAUAGUAAACAUGAUGGUCGUUUUUCUAUUUCCAUAUGAUUUUUCAAGGUAUAUGUAGGACAUUUUAACUUUUUCACACAACUUGUCAUAUACAUUUUUCUUUUUUUCUUCGUUAAUAAACUUUUUAUGUUUACAUUUUAUAAUGUGCACUACUGGACCUAAAAGUUUACAUCGAAGUUUACUGUAAACAUUCAGUAAGGACUAAAUAAUAUGUGAUAAGGAUAAUUGAUCAAGCCAAAAGAAUAAUUCAAAAAUACAAUCAUUUUCAAAAAUUUUGAAGUUAUAGAAAGUACUGAUGAUUAAUACAGUUCUGUUUAGUUAAUGUCAGUUGUCUGAUGAACAUUCAGCAGUUUGCAAAUUGCUUAAAUUGUAAUAUCUAUUGUCCAAUAAACCCAUUGUUUCAUGAUAUGUCACCAGAAGUACUAGGUCCUUUUUAAAGGUACAAUUGUGUGAAUAUCAUCAAUAAAAUCAACAGUUAUGGAUCUGAAGGAGUUGAGAAACAUUAAGUAAAUUUAUAUACUGCUUGAUUCCCUAUUCAUGUGGAAGUUCAUAUUAGCUGCAGUUAUUUAAUUUGCUAUGUUAUUUUGUGUUAUUUGCAUAUUAACUUCAUUUUUAACUGUCAUUUUCCCUAUUGUAUAUAAAAUGAACCAGUCUUGUCGUUAUUUUCAAAUAGAGAAGUAAAUACAUUUACCUUAGAUAUUCAAGAUUUUAUAAGAAAAUCUCCAAUUGAUGUUUUGAGUUAUUUUAUUUAACUUUUUAAUUAAUCUAUGAAUUAUGCACAGCAAACUAGAGACUCGGUUAGGAUUAGAAAGUUUAAAGUAUGAGGUAUGUUUGAAUAUAGGAAAUAAGCUUCUCAGAGUUAUACUUGAUACAGUCUAGAUAAGAGGCAGUCUGCAGUAAUAACUAACCCAGGGAAUUUAUUGUAAUUUGAGAGAUAACAUCUCUAUUGUUUUUUUUCUUUUUAAAUGCAGAAAGUAAUAGUCACCAGCAAGCCACAAUUUCAGGAAAACUAACCAAAAAUAAAAAAAAUCAAAAUAGAAAAUAUCAGAAAAAUGAAAGAUCUCUGUGUGCUCUUUUUAUAUCCUCAACAUUGUCUUGUUACAUUUGUCCUUGAUUCUAAAUCACUGAAGUAUUCAUUGAUUAACAGUUUGUCAGUAGGAAGUGGUUUUCCUGUGUGUAUCACAUAUUCAGUUCGUUUCACUUUUCAAACUAAAUGCAUAUGUAUUUGCUUAAAAAGUUAUUUGAAAUCUUACAUUCAGACAGAUUCCAUUUGAGGUUUUGCAUCAUCUUAACACUUUUGCUUUGCAUUUCAAUUGUGCAAAAUGUUUCCAAAAAAUGGUUCUAGAUUCAACUAAGCUAUUACUAACUUCUCAAUUUGAUUUUUUAUGGAUGUGAAAAAAUGCUGCUACUUGUCUAUGUUAUUAUGUGUAAGUAUAUUAUAAUCUAAUUAAGUAAAGUACUGUAGUUUAAAGAAAGAACCAUUUCUUUUGCUAGAACUUCUUAAUUGUAGUUUCCUCUGAAGUUAUUUCAUGUAGAUAUGUGAGUGUUUUAAACAAGUCUGAAAGUGUUACAUACUUUUAAGUUGCAGGGGUGCUGGGGAGACAGCUGAGGAAAGGAACAAUAUGUGAAAGACCCCAUGGAGUUCAAAGUUUUACCCUGAGUUCUAUAUUCCAUAUAUGUUUUGCUUAAGGCAUUUCUCGUGUGACAUUAGAAAAGCUAUAUCCAAAGGUAAAUUUUUUGUGGCAAAGAUUUAUUUUGCAUUUAACUUUUGGGAUUUUAUUUAUUUCUGCAAAAUAAAGAGCACUGAACUUUAAACUUGAAUUUUUUCUGAACUUUUUUAGGUAAUGAAAACUUUUUAUUAUUAUUUAAUCCACAUUGCUCAGUUUAAAUCAAGUGAUACAUGUGUAUAAAACAUACCAAAAUCAUGAAUAUGCUGCUAGCUUCACCUUAAACAAACUGAUCAGUUUUAAAACCAUUAAUAGGGUUUUAUAUAGUUUACAAAGAUUAAAAAGAUAGUAAAAUUAUUUGCUGUAUGUUUUAGUAUUCUUGGUCUUAAAUUAUUGCAACACUUUCAGAUUUGUUUUAAGAUCAUACAGUAACAUGUUAUAUUUAUACAUACUGCUAGAGAAUAUACUUUUAAUUUUAAAAUGGAAUUUUUAUAAAUGUACUCUUUAAUUUUAAAAAUGGUGAACUUGUUAAGUUUAAGUCAAAGUACUUAAAAAGUAUGUAUAUUAUCCAUACAGAAAGUUAUGUUUUACGCUUAUAAUAAGAAAUAUUGGUAUCUCAUAUCGAGAUACAAUUAAUUUUAAAAAAUCAUAUAUCAUUUAAAAGUCUUCACAUUUGGUAAGAAAGAUACCAUUUAUAUGGUUUCAAAAAAUCCUCUAUUGAGCAUUUUCAAAUAUUAAUUUUAUUUUGGGGGAAAAUGCCCACAACAAUAAUUUGCAAGAUCUUUCUCAAUAGCUACAGCUUACUGUUGGAUGCUUACCUUAACUAUUAUUUUGAAAUAUAGAUAUAUAUAUAUAUAUUUAAAAUAGUUUUCCAGGUAUUUUCUUCUACCUUUUUUAAAAAUAAAUUUCCAAAAAUGAAAACAAAAUUUAUGUAUUUUUGUCAAUGAAGGUUUUUAUUUUGUAGUUUAUAGAAUUUGUUCCUUAUCAGUUUGAUACUUGAUCAAUAUUCUUAGACUUUUUAAUCUGUAUUUAUUUGAAAAAAAAGCACUCCUAUAUCUUAAAUGUCCUUUUUUUUCUUUUCCCUUUUAGGGUGUUUGUUCUCUUGGAUUGAAAUUUAUGCCCACAAUUUUUUUUUUCAUUUGAAAAUGAAUGUGAAGAUACUGUUUACAACUUUUGUUAAUUGCACUUUUCAUCACUCUGAUCAAUUUCUUGUAAAGUGCUAUGGGGAUUAUUUUUCCUGUGAAUAUUAAAGAUCCUACUACUGCCUCAGAAGUUUUAAAAAAGGUUCUGUGGACAGAAAAAUGUUGUUGCAACCAAACAAAACAACAACAAAAGUUAAAGGGAAGACUUUAGCUUCUUUCUCUGAUGAAUUAAAUGAUUUAUUAACUUCCCAAUUACCAGGGUUAUAACUUUGCUUUCUUCAGUUACUAAUACAGUCUUAAAGUAUUAGGCACAAUUCAUUCACAAAUUUAGUACAGUAGUCCAGGGCUAUGUGUAAGUGCUCUCUUUGUUUUAUUCUUUACAUCAGAAAAAUCAUGAAUGUCAGUUUUGCCAGUAUUUUAAAUGAGGCUCAUAGUUUAAAUUAAAAUUUUAUAGUGUAUAAGAUGUAAAUAAAUCAGUAUUAAUUUAUUGUAGGUUGUUUGACUCAGGCAUUUCAAAUGGAGAUAGUUUAAUAACAAUGGAAUUAUAUUUAUUUGGUAGAUUCUUUUGAUACUUUUACUAUUUGUUUUAUGUUGUCUAAACUUUGCUUCAACUAAGACAGCGUAAGCAGUUGAACACAAACUCAACAUAUCAAUGGAAAGCAAUGCAAAGAGCAAAUCAUGUUUUAAUUUUUUAAAUUUUCUUUUGUAAAUAAACAGUACUGUGACACUUUAGGUGUGACUUCUGUUCAACAUGAUAGAACCAGAGAAACAUUUUGCUUUCUAGUUAUACUAUUGGUUCGUUGUGAAUGCAUUACCAACAGACAAUAAGAAAAAAAGCAAGAUUAAGCUUUUCUGACAUUGUCCACUUCAGAGGCAAGCAUGCGUGAUAUGGAGCUCUAGCUUGUGUAUACCUUCAACUGUACUUGCAGGUGUUUUUCAUUUGCUGAACUUUUUUUUUUUCCCACAAAUCUUGCUCAGUCUCAGUAAGUAUCUGAAAGGUAAUUGCUGGAAUAUGCAUUUUGAAAUACAGUUUUAAAAAAAUCUCUGUAUUAUUUCAUCUUUUAAAAAAAGCACUAUUGCAAACACUAAAAAUGUGUUAAACUUUGUAGUUAUUUUGCAUUCCUGUACUUUACAAACUGUCAUCACAGCAAAAGGUUUAAAAUUAGGUAAUGAAAUAUUUUUGUAAAUAAAUACCAUCAAGCUGGUAUUUUAAAAAAUGUAUUAUAAAUUAAUGUUUCUGGAAAAUGUUCAUACAUAUGUAUAUGAAUGUCUCUUUAUGCUGAAGGGCUCUGAUUGGGCAAAAUAAAAUAAUCUCUCCUGAAACUAA